AUGUCGGCUACCCUAUCCAGACGGUCACGCCCGGCCGACCAGGCGCAGGAGUGUCUUAUAUAUUCAAACACCUCUCUCCUCCAUGGUCAGCCUCCAGUAAUCAAAACUAGGGCACAGCUAAGUCUUGAGGAAAACCUACAGGCAAACGCCUCUCACGCCCACACUGCCGUUCGGCAUGCUCAGUUAUCCAACCCGAAGUUCCGUGAAACUCGGCCACGUCUUCUGUUAAUGGGCCUACGCAGCUCCUUUAUGGAUUUCCAAAUAUGGGAUUUCCCUGGCCAGCUGGAGUAUCUUGAACCAUCAUUCGACCAGGAGGAACUGUUCAGUAAUCUGGGAGCCUUGGUCUGGGUUAUUGAUGCCCAAGAUGACUACUUGGAAGCUGUGUCGCGGUUAAACAAAACCAUACUUAUGAUCCAGCAGUACUAUCCCCACAUCAACAUUGAGGUCUUCAUUCACAAGGUGGACGGCCUCUCGGAGGAAUAUCGCUCUGACACCUUCCAAGACAUCGUGCAGCGCAUCUCUGACGAGCUGAGCGAUGCUGGCUACGAGAACGCACCCAUACACUACUACCUCACGUCAAUAUACGACUAUUCUGUCUUUGAGGCCUUCAGCAAGGUGAUUCAAAAGCUAAUCCCUCAACUGUCUACGCUGGAGAACCUUAUCAACAUCCUUUCAAAUAACUCUGGAAUGGAGAAAACGUAUCUAUUUGACGUUCUCAGCAAAAUAUACAUUGCUUCCGACACGAGGCCUGUAGAUAUGGCAUGCUACGAAAUGUGCUCUGAUUAUAUCGACGUGAUUGUUGACAUUAGUGAAUUAUACUCCUGGGACCACCCGGACCGAAAACCCAAGGGACCUCAAGUCUCGGAAGCAGAGAGCCACGUCAUUCUCCACGACAAGUGCAUGAUCCAUUUGAUGGAAAUGAACAAAUAUCUUUGUCUCGUUUCUGUGAUCAAGAACCCGGAUGCCAAAGAGAAGAAAGGGCUCAUCGACAUGAAUUGCCGGACGUUUCAAGAUGCCCUCAACGAGGUGUUUAGUAGAACAUGGGAUCAGGAGUAA